CUUUCCUAAUACACUAGUCCCACUUUUUGAAACCAGGGGGAUAUCCCAGUGAUUAUUUAUGUCGGUGUCUGAAUGCCAAAGGAAUACUAUUGCUUAUCACGUCUCCCUUCUGUCGAAAUAUUUCGAUGUGGAUUUGCUAAAUGAGUAUGACGCAUUGAAGUUUGUAGACAAGCUCGAACGAAGUGUGGCCACUUCAUCUGAAAUUGAGUCUAAAUUGAAUCAUUCAGUUACAAAUAUCCUACAGGACAACCGUAUUUCCGAAGAAUUUUUUGAGAGCUAUGAAAACUUGAAGCUUAGGAAUUAUAAGGAAUUACCGCGGAUAAUACAGCUGUUGUCAUUUUUGAGAUCGGAUCCUGACACUCUGCGAAUUCUAGCGAGUGUAACAUCACGCAGUAAAGGUGCAACAGACACCAGAAGAGUUUCUUCCGCUGAUAUAGCAGUUAGCGCUCUUUCAGGAGAGUUUUACGACAAUAUCCUGAUACCGUUAGAUGAGGGACAGUUCAACAAACGUCAUCGUGAAACUAGUCAUGUAGUUGUGCCACCUUUUUCUUCACCACCCGGUACAAGCACGCCUUUUUGUCUGUCUGGUACUAGGAAACCAAAGGAUAUUUCUGAAACAAAAAACCCUCACAAUUCAUCUGUGGAACCAGAAUCGUGGUACUCUCAUGCAACACUUUCGGGAGACUUCUUGCCAAUUUUUGUUGUAACUCCUUCCCAGCCACUUCCAAUCGAAUCUCUUUCAAUCUCUGUUCAGGAACACGCUAUUGUCAACGAUCUCCUUCAGUGCCUACAGGGUAACCAAGGAAUAUAUAUUAAACCCCUUCCACUGCAAAAUCGGAACUCAAUUCGAGCGUUCAAAGUAGAUGAUAAAAUAACUCCCACUCUAUUAGAUACUGUGAGUAAAAUUCUCCAAAUAUGUUCGGAUUAUUCAACCAUAACUAGAUUUGUACAUGAUAAAUCAGCUUUGGAGCUUGGAAUGGUUAGUCAUGCAUUAGCGAGUGCAAUGCGUCUUUUUCUUCAAGAUUAUAUGAUUCUGGUAUGCCGAUUAGAACUUCAGCAUAAAAUGAGUGGAUUGGGAAUUGUAAAACUUCAUUUCUUACUUCAGGAAACAGCCUCAACCUUUAGUCAUAUCACUCGUCUUAUUAUGGAUAUUUAUAUGGGAGAGUGUUCUGGUGGUACAAUAUUAUCAGUGUUGUGGGACUCUAUGCAGUCGGUGUGCAAUGUAAAACAUUUGUAUAAAUUGAUGUUUCACCUCGUCUACUCUGCUAGUGUACCGUUCUUCCAAAUCCUUCAAAAAUGGUUAUAUCGUGGAAUAAUUUCAGAUCCAUAUAAGGAGUUUUUUAUAACAGCUGGAGACGUAACUGAUUUGUCCGAUCACAGUAAAUCACCUCCGAGAAAUCUUUACUCAGGCCCACUUCAAUUUGAUCGUCUCACUCAAAGUUAUGUGGACUGGGCAUACUUCUGGGAGUCACAUUAUUUCCUUGUGUCCUCAAAACUACCAAGUUUUCUUGAGGCCAGUGCUUCCAAGAUACUCAAUACAGGAAAGUAUCUGAAUGUUGUACAGCUAUGUGGUGAUCAUUAUGAACUGCCUGUUUGCGAGGAAAUUGCUUAUAAUGAAGAGCAUUCAGUAUUCCUGGAGAAAAUUGACAAAGCCUAUUUGUAUGCUAGCAGUUUAUUGUUGGAUUUGAUGCUGAAGCAGAAAGAAUUGAAAGAACACUUCAAAUCUGUCAAACGUUUUUUGCUUUUGGAUCAAGGAGAUUUCAUUGUCCACUUUAUGGAUGCUGCUGAAGGAGAACUACGCAAAUCCAGUGAAGUUGUUUCCGAGUCACGUCUUAGCUCACUCUUAGAGUUGGCGGUUAGAAUCAGUUCGGCAAAUGCAGAUCCAUUCAAAGACAAUUUAAAAGUUGUGAUAUUUCGUUUUGAUCUGAUCACUCAGAUUUUAAUGGUUUUACGCGCUGGAUCCAGAGACAAACUAGACAGUUGUAUUGAAGACAGAAAUCUUUCUGGAUUGGAAGCGUUUUGUUUGGAUUAUACAGUUGAUUGGCCAGUUGAUCUUGUUCUAAAUCGUCAAGUAAUGGAUCGUUAUCAAAUGCUUUUCCGACAUCUACUGUAUUGUAAACAUGUUGAAAGAUUAUUGUGCAACUCUUGGAUUCUCGGUAAACUUGCUCGUAAAUCGGAUAAUCUAAUGACAACGUCGUUUACAGUAGCUUUUAUCUUAGCUCAAAGAAUGCUUACAUUUAUUCAACAUUUUCAAUAUUACAUGACAGCUGAGAUUAUUGAACCAGCUUGGCAUACUUUCUUCAUGCGUUUAGAUAAGGUAUCGAAUUUGGAUGAACUUUUAGAAUCACAUCUACAUUUUCUGGAAAUAUGUUUAGAUGACUGCCUACUGGCAAAUCCCAAACUUCUGAGUUUAGUCGGGAAAUUAUCAGUGGCAUGUGUAACAUUUUCAAAUUUCAUUCAGCAUUUAGCUUAUACAAUAACUGGAAUUAAUUUAUCAUCAGAUAAUGAUCGUCAUGAUGUUAACUUCAUACGACGUUCCACUGAUUUGGGAAGAACAUUCCUUCACGAUCCCACACCGUCAACAGUUUUGGGCAAAGCGACAAACGAAAGUAGAUGUGCACCUUAUGGAUCCUUGAAUGGUUCAACGGAAUCAAUAGCAAAAGUCACUAGGGAAGAAUUCGGUAGGAUGAGCUUAUCGGAUGAUUUCGCUAAGACAAUUGCCAACUUUGAUAUAAAUUUCAAUCGACUUUUAGUUGAACUUCUUGAAGAAAUCAAAAAAUAUACACAUUAUCCAAGCAAGCUGUCAGGUUUAGUAUCAAGGUUAGUUAUCUCCUCAUGCCUCUUUAUUGCUGCACCCACUCAAUAUAUAUUGUUUUUUUUUUGUUAAUUGCCAUAUUUUUACAUACUGAGCUUCUGUUCUUUGCUUUCGGUUAUUAUGACGAAAGUAUUGUAGAUAAUAUCAUCACUUUCCAUUAGUCCAAGUAACUGGAAAGAACACUAAGAAUCAUCCGUAAAACCUACAUUUGUAGAAUACCUCAAGACAAAAGAAGGCAUAAAUAUAAAUAAACUAAAUACUAAUUUUCAGUCGUGUCAUUUAGAUAAUAAUCACUUUAUUCCAAACAAUAAUAAUUAUACAUAAUGGAAUUUUAAGCUAUAUUCUUGUGUUCACACAGAUCCUGCACAGGCAAUUUACAAUUACUCAAACAGCUCAAGCCAACAUUAGAAUUACCAACAAAGAUAAGCUUGACAUUCGAUAAAAUGUGAAGUGUUCAAAUUAGCGAGGUUUAUUAACUGAUUGGGUUUUAUAGUUGAAUCCCUACUAGAAUAUAAACAUAACCAACGCUAUCAACGAUAUUUCCUUAUGCUUUUGAGGUGAUUUUAAGUAACCUUGUUGUUCAAGUACUCUCAGCUACUAAAGUUUACCUUGUGCUGUAACUACUUGAAUCCCUAUAAUUAUUAUGGUAUAUAGAAUAAUUUUAUCUUCAAUUGUGUCUUCUCGUAUAUCGGAGAUAUUUGACAAUGGUACAUGACCGAAUGUAUUUUUACGGGGAACUCAACGGGGUCGUUUAGAAAACGUCUGUUUGUCAUAUUUUAUAUGAUUGUAUUGACUAACAG